AAAAUUAAGAGAAAUUGGUCGAAAUAAUCCAAUUGAAAUAGUACCACCAAAACCGGCUGAUACAGCAAUGAUUAUGUAUACAAGUGGAAGUACAGGAGAACCAAAAGGUUGUAUUAUUGCUCAUGAAACUUUCAUAUAUUCAAUGUUUGGUGUUGCAUCUGCUAUUGAUUUAUUAAACACAAAUGAAACUGCUCGAGUAUUAAAUUAUAUGCCUUUAGCUCAUCUGUUUGGUUGUGGAACGAUCAUUUCUUUAACUUAUUUAGGUGGAGAAAUUGGCUUUUGGCAAGGUAGAGUUGAUAAAUUACUUGAUGAUUUUCAUGAUUUUCGACCAACACUUCUUACAAUGGUACCUCGUUUACUUAAUAGAUUAUAUGACAAAGCUCGAUCAGAACUUCGUAAAAAAGGUGUACCUGGUCGUGUUUUAUUUCGAUUGGCUGUUCAAAGUAAAUUAGCACUUAUUCGACGUGGAAAUUUUUCACAAAAUACAAUAUGGGAUAAACUUAUUUUUGACAAAAUUCGUCAAUCAUUUGGUGGUCAAGUUAAUCGCAUUGUUUCAUCAAGUGCACCACUUUCACCUGAAGUUUGUCGAUUUUCACGUGCUGCAUUUUCAUGUUUUUUUGUUGAAGCCUAUGGUCAAACAGAAUGUGUAAUAGGUUGUGCACAAUCAGUAAACGAUAUUGAAGCAGGUGCAACAGGUAUUCCAACACCACUCAAUUAUCUUAAAUUAGUUGAUGUACCUGAAAAAGAAUAUUAUGCUAAAGAUGGUAUUGGAGAAAUAUGUCUUCGAAGUAAAGGUGUUUUUAAAGGCUAUUUGAAAGAUGAAGCUAAAACACGUGAAGCAAUUGAUGAAGAAGGAUGGUUACAUACAGGUGAUAUUGGUCAAUGGACACCGCAUAAGACAAUGAAAAUUGUUGAUCGAAAGAAAAAUAUGUAUAAGUUAAGUCAAGGUGAAUAUGUAGCACCAGAAAAAAUUGAAGAUAUUUAUGCACGUAGUCGAUUUAUUUCUCAAAUAUUUGUUUAUGGUAAUUCAUUUGAAAGUUUUCUUGUUGCUAUUGUUUUAUUGAAUGAUGAUUAUAUAAAACAAUGGGCAAAAACUGAAGGAUAUAAUGGUGAUACAACAAUAUCACCUGAAUUGAAUAAUAAAUUAAAGCAAGUUAUACUUGAUGAUAUGAUUCGUGAAGGUAAAAGACGUGGAUUAAUGCCAUAUGAACAAGUUAAAGCAAUUGAAUUUUUUAAAGAACCAUUUACAAUUGAAAAUGGACUUUUAACGCCAACAUUUAAAGCACGUCGAUAUGCUGUAGAAAAGAAAUAUAAAGAACUUUUUCAAAACCUUUAUGAAAGUGCAAAAGCUUAG